AUAGCGUUAAGAAUUAUUCGUCACACAUACAAUCAAUAAAACAAAUAAAAGAUCAAUUACUUAGCUAUUUAAACAACAUGUUUACAUGUUUGUUAAAUAAUUGUAAUUCAUCUGAAGAUGAUCAUACUGCAUAUCUUAUAACAUGACCUUGGCCGUUAUAGAAAUGUACAUGUGGGGCCUGUAACCUCAAUCUGUGACAUUCAUGAUGUUCAACUAACUUAUACAAAUACAAUAGAAAAUACAAUAGAAAAAAACUGUUUCAUUUCCCUGUUGCCGUAAAUUUCCUGCUACGAUUAUCAAUCUUCUCACCUAUGUAGAUAUAAAACAAAAAGUUACAUUACUUCCUAUUCUGGAGUACCAUUGCAACAAAACAGGGCAAAUCACACAACAAUACGCGGACACUCCUUUACAUAUGGCGCGUAAGCAUGUCAAUACAUGUCUGUUAGAACCUCCUGAGCCAACAUCUGUCAUCAGCCAAUCACCGUUUAGAUAUCAUAGGUGACUCACACAUUCGUGGCUGCAACUUCGGAACCAGUUCCUCUUGGAAUUUGUCAUGAUGGCGAUGACAUCCCCGAGUUCCUUUGCUUGUUUCGCACUCAUUUUGGUGUUUGUGGAGGGGAGGGGCAGGUGUCCCCCUGGGACAUACUGGGACAACGCCGUGGGAAAGUGUGAUCAGUGUUCCAGUAUCUGUGACUCCAUGGAACAACAAGGGACGGUCAAAUCAUGUCAGAGUAAUUGCCCAGGUUACACGUCUUCCCAAAAUGUCCUUCCCAAUCCUGAAAAGAUUACACUUAUCGAGGACAAGGAAACUAACCCAUCCAGUGGCGUUGCGAUUGGUGUCUCAGCGACUGUUUUCAUCAUCAUCAGUAUUGGUAUAGCAGUAUUUUUACUCCGUCGCUGUAGACGCAGUGGUGGUCCAGUUCAUACCACUACUCCACACGCGCCUGAACAAGAGCCAUCUCUAUCAUACGUGGACUCAAUCAUCAUAGCUCAAAUUGAGGACAAAUCAAAACCAUUGAUCUCCACCGGACACGCAUGUGAGGACAGACCUGAGCAAGACCAUCCAGUUCACCAUCCAGACAUUCCAACCCGCGUUACAUCCGUCAGUGAAGUGUAGCUGACUAAUGUUCUUCCUCGAACUGAUUAGGUUGACAAGACCCUUGAGCAAGCCUUGGAUGGGUACUGAGUUACAUUUUGGCGUGAAAAACCCAAAGUGUGCUGCAGGUGUUCAACUUUUAUCACUUUGGUAAAACCCAUUGUGUUGACUAUUGUGCAGACAAGGAUGCCAAGGAUCGAUUCCUGGGCGAAUCGGGACAUUUCAAACCAACAACAAAAUAGGGCACUGACACGCUUAAGGGGCGCAGGUCUGUACAGUGGAUUGCGGCGAGGGGCUGACCGCUUUGACAUUAAUACAAACCAUUUCCAUAAUCGUGAGACAUCUCUGCAAAUAAAAGCAGGGUACGCUGUUCGAUUCCGACCAUAUCAUUGCAAUUUGUUUAUGAAUCACAUCAAUUAGUGGUGAUACCAGGUGUAACGGUGAACGACGUGUACUGCCCCACCAGUGACACCCUUCAUUAACACAAGUGUUCAAGUGUUCAACUGAACAAACACGGGAACAUAAUGUUAUAAGUUAAAUCAGGGACCUGCUUUGUCCAUGUUGGUCCCUGUCGUAAUAACCUGCUCGACUGUACCUCAAACUGUGGACACCAAAGGCCGGAGCUCCUCCUUACAAUUUGUGACCCGGACAAUUGUGUCAUUGCUUCCAACCCCGGUUGUCUAGUCCAAAUCGAUUUAUCACACACCGACUUAGCACAACCGACUGCCAAGUAACAUUAACUUUGUAUCGAUAUGCUCCGAGUGUGAAUCACUAGCCAUUCAUUGUGGUAUUAAUAUGAUGAAAUGUGGUGCCAAAGUAAGAUUAGAGUUCUAUUGUUUGUUAUUUUGUUACAUGUUUUUUUGUAUAUAACAUGAAUUUGAAAUUACAUGAAUGUACGUCUAUUGAUGUAUAUAGAGACAUAACAUGAUCGCUAAGCUGUUUGUAUAUGUGUGGAUGUUCACUUCUCAAAGUAUUUUAGUCACUUUGUUAUACAUGGCUGAGUUGGACACCUUCAUCUGCAUAUCUCAGGAUGACAAGGAUCUCUCGGCGACACACUGUCAGUGCUCUCAUCGUGUGUUUUGUGACCGAGAAAUAAAUAUUCGUGUUCUUCUUGAUGACAUCAUUACAGUGAAUAAGUCGAUAAAACUUUCGUCACAUCAGCCACAUGGCCUCACUUAUCGUGACUGGUAUUAGCUCAGGGCAUCACCUUCGAUUUCUAAUGUCAAAAUGCUCAGUUUUGACUUGUUGUUAUGAUAUAAAUAUGUUAUAUAUACAGGUUCCUUGAAAAUAAAAUUCAUUAAAUUCAA